AUGGCUGCUUCUYUGCAGUGGGGAAGUUCUUACUUUCAUCAUUUACAGCUGAGAGAUUUGCACGAUUAUCUUUGCAGUUUACCAACCAAUACUUUAGAUAGACUUUAUAAUCAUCCAGCUACUUGUCUUACAGUUUUUAGGGAAUUACCAGAAUUGGCUAAAAAUUAUGUAUUAAGGACRCUCUUCACAGAUCAACCAAUCCCUGAGAGUCUGGUUACAUCGUGGGUAAAAGCAGAGUUUCACAAACAUCAUAUUGGAUCAAUAAAGAAACUUAAAGCAUUACGAAUAUGGAGAGAUACUAUGAUUGGUGGACCAACAAGAUGYGAAAUGAACCCUACAUUUAGAAGUAACUUAAAAGCAGCAUUGUGUGGAGGAGGAAGUCCAUGGGUAAAAUACACAAGUCCRCUUGAACCAGAUAAGCACAAYAGAGAAGCUGAUUUCUUUGACAAAUAUGCCACAGAAAGAUGGGAAACAGUUCUUCAUUUUAUGACUGGUUCAUAUGACAGCAGUAGUUCUACAGGAGGYGUCAGUCAAGAUGUCAUCAAAAUCCUUGUUCUCAGUGGUCUUAUGAAAUGUGAAACCCCUGGUACAAGUCCAGCAAUCAGUCCUGCAGGAUUUCAAUUCCUACUGAUGGACAGAAGUUCUCAAGUUUGGUAUUUUAUGCUACAAUAUUUAGAGACAGUUGAGGCCUGGGGAAUGGAUCUUGUGGACUGCUUGUCAUUUUUAUUUCAAUUGAGUUUUUCUACACCCUCAAAGGAGUAYCCAACAGAUGGUUUAACAGAAUGUCAGUUAAAAAUGCUCCAGCACUUAAGAGAAAUUGGAUUAGUUUACCAGAGAAAGAGGAAAUCCAGGMGAUAUUAUCCAACAAAGUUAGCUGUUAAUUUAUCAUCUUCAAGUGAAGAAAGGUCAAGUGUACUAAAUCAGGGRGAAGAAGGUUACAUUGUUGUAGAGACAAAUUAUCGUGUUUAUGCAUAUACAGAUUCUUCACUGCAAGUAGCUCUCAUUGGUUUAUUUUGUGAAAUUUUGUGCAGGUUUCCUAACUUGUGUGUAGCAAGCCUUACAAGAGAAAGCUGUCAUCAAGCUUUAUCAAGUGGAAUAUCAGCAGAGCAGAUUCUCCACUUUCUAAGGACUCGUGCUCAUUCAGAAAUGUUGAAAAAGAAUCCCAUCAUCCCAGCUACAAUAAGUGAUCAAAUAAGACUUUGGGAAAUGGAAAGAAGUAGAAUGAAGUUUACUGAAGGUGUUCUAUACAAUCAGUUCCUCUCUCAUGAAGACUUUGAAACUCUUAGAAAAUAUGCAGAGGACCUUGGCGUUCUUAUAUGGGCAAACUCAACAAAGAGGGUUGUCAUAGUUAGUCGUUCAGGACAUGACGAUGUCAAGAGAUUCUGGAAGCGACAAAGACCAAAAUGAAUUUGUUAGAAUAUUAUAUUAUAAAAUAUUUGUACAUUUUGUAAGAAUAAAUUGUAUAAUAAAAGGUAUUUAAAAUGCU